CUAAUUUAGAAGAUCAGAGGAAAAAGAUUCUCCCUUUCAAUAGUGUUCGGUUUCUUUCUUUUGUUGCUAUCCUCCAUUGAAGACAAUACGAAGAUGGAGGCUAAGAUUAAUCAAUUCUUUGAGUCCGUCACGAGUUUCUUCAACGGUGGAGAUCACAUCCCUUGGUCCACUCCUGAUGUUAUCAUCGGCUGUGAGAGAGAAGUUGCAGAAGCCACGAAAGAAGCAUCUGAUGAUCAAAGAAAUGAAAGUAUUAUGCGAUUGUCAUGGGCUCUUGUUCAUUCCAGACAACCUGAGGAUGUGCAACGAGGGAUAGCCAUGCUUGAAGCUUCACUAACCAACACGAAUAGUCCAUUACAAAAGAGAGAGAAGCUUUAUCUACUUGCCGUAGGAUAUUACAGAAGUGGCGACUAUCCAAGAAGCAGGCAGCUUCUGGACCAGUGCUUGGAGAUUGCACCUGACUGGAGGCAAGCUGUGUCUCUAAAGAAAACUGUUGAAGAACGAAUCACUAAAGACGGUGUUAUUGGAAUCGGUAUCACUGCAACUGCUGUAGGACUUAUAGCAGGUGGUAUAGCAGCAGCAUUGGCUCGGAAGGGCUGAUCAUUUCUGUGCUUUUGUAUGAAACAAAGAUGUUAUUUUAAGCCCCCUGAUAUUCGGAUUGAAUAAACUUUCACAUGAAGCCUAGAGAGAAAAAUAAUUUUGCAGGGAAGUGAAUAGAGGUUCUUGUGAUAUGGCAUACUGUAUUUGGUUGGUGAUUUUA